AUGGUAUGGUUCUUUUCUAGAAGUUCAAAAGACGAACAUGAAAACUCGAAUACCUCUUCUUCUGCAUCUGAGGUAUUUGCAUCGUCAAUGGAAAACCAAGAACAACCUACAAACUAUGUAAGAGGCCAAAAGCUUCUACUAGAAGAUACAAAACCUAGAUUUGACACAUCUACAAGUAUGGGUAAAUACGCCAAACAACAGGAGAGAGCAACUCUUCGGGAUGCGUGGGACUCCCUUACUUGGGAAGACUUCACGGUAGAUAAAUUGACAUCCAUACCGUGCUUCCGUCAAGCUGGAUUAACAGGUUUUUGCUCGAUGUUUGUAAUCGGAAGUGUGAUGUUCCUAUACCAUAAAAACCCAUCAAAGGCUAGCAAUUGGGCUUUUGGAGGUUUGAUGUUAGGCUCCAUCGUUGGGUGGGAGCAGUGCAGAGUAAAAAGACUGCGUAGCUUCCAAACAGCACAGAUGGCUAAAAGAGUUGUUGCUGCUAAGGAGAGACCCAUGCUAGAUAAGCAUACGAAUGACCACAGUGUGAAAUCGAUAAUGUCACGUGAUGCGGAUAAUGGAGCUUCAUCUGGGGGCAAGCCCUGGUACAAGUUCUGGUAA